AUGGUCAACCUAGCACCUAGCCCUAUCUGUACAUCUGAUUUGGAGGAUUCUUAUAUUUCAUGUCUCUGUGCUUGCCCAAGCCGAGGAUACCGGCACGCAGGCGUUGUGGCAAGGUCGCGGGCCAUCGGCCUUGGAGGUCUGUUAACAAUGGCUCAUUUACACACGAUAAGACAUCAAUGUCUUGAUGUGAUGGUUGCAGUGUUUCAUCAGACUGUUUCUGGGCCCGUAUUCGCCAGCCGAGUUGUUAUCUUGCAUGACGCAAUCGCGACCGAGCCACGGGGUAUCCUACAAUUGGCUAGCCACUCAUCAUCUGCGUUAACUGUAUUUGCCUCCCGAGACUGUCCCAUUCUCCGUCUUCUGCUCUUAUACCGACCUCUCUUAUGUCAUCGAGACCGAUAA